AUGAAAAAAUAAGAAUCACUUCUUAUUUCUAAAAACAUAAAACAAAAAAUAAAAUAAAAUGAUUUCUCUACCACUCACUACACCGAUUUUACCCAGCCGGUGUCUUCUCCACAAAACCCGCCGGCAAAACUCGACUCGCCGCCGCUUAUUGAUUCGAUCAUCAUCGAGCUUACAAGACCAAUUCACCGUGGAGACGACGAAGCGAGUGGUUCUUGUGAGACAUGGACAGAGCACGUGGAACGAAGAAGGGAGGAUUCAAGGAAGCUCCGAUUUCUCCGUUUUGACGAAGAAAGGCGAGUCUCAGGCUGAAAUUUCUCGUCAGAUGCUUAUCGACGACUCCUUCGAUGUCUGCUUCACCAGUCCAUUGAAGAGAUCAAAGAAAACAGCUGAAAUCAUAUGGGGAAGUAGAGAAAGUGAGAUGAUUUUCGAUUACGAUCUCAGAGAAAUCGAUCUCUACUCUUUUCAAGGUCUACUUAAGAAAGAAGGGAAAGAGAAGUUUGGGGAAGCUUUUAAGCAAUGGCAAGAAGAUCCGGCGAACUUUAUCAUCGAUGGUCAUUAUCCCGUAAGAGAGUUAUGGUCACGUGCUAGAAGCUGUUGGCCUGGUAUUCUUGCUCAUGAGAGCAAGUCUGUUCUCGUUGUUGCUCAUAAUGCUGUUAAUCAGGCUCUUCUGGCAACAGCAAUUGGACUGGGAACAGAAUAUUUUAGGAGUUUGUUGCAGAGCAAUUGUGGUGUAAGUGUAUUGGACUUCAUACCAAGAGCUGACGGUGGAUCUCCUCACGUAUGUCUUAAUCGACUAAAUCAGACACCUAAUUCGCCUCUAGCUGGUGGAAGUUCUGGUGGCCGGAAAGCUAGUAAGCAGAUUAUACUUGUCUGCCAUGGUCAGGGGAAUAAUGAGUCACAGAAAACCGCAGAGCUUCUACUUGAUCUAAGGGUUAGUUCAAUAGUUUGCAGCCCUAAAACAGCCUCCAUUGAGUCUUCUGGAGUAAUAUCCCGGGUGCAAGAAGCUGCGGGUUGUUUAGGUGUAGAUAAUGUGCCUCACUACGUGAAAACGAAACAAAUGAAUGAGCUUGAUGUUGAGAGUGUUCUUCGCAAAUCCAAUAAGGACAAUGAUGUGAUUGCAAGUCAAUUAGACGAAGAAGCGUUUUCAGCUCUGUGGAACAGAUCCGAGAAAGCAUGGGAAUCACUCUUAGACGAACUAUCGGAUGAGAAGUCAAACCCUGGAGAAAUCAUGGUGGUGGUUGGUCCUGCAAUGACUCACAUUUCACUCAUAGCACAAUGCCUUAACCUCACUAAAGAAGCGCUCGGGUUGUUUCACCUAGACGCAGGUAGCAUCAGUGUCAUAGAUUUCCCGGAUGGUCCUAGUAGCAAAGGAGUAAUCCGUUGCACAAACUACACCGCUCAUCUUGGAAGAUGGUCCAUCCCUAUCACAAAACCCGCCUGAAGAAUCUUGUCUUAAACCCCGAUAAAGUUACGUUAGACGGCCUUGGGAAUGCAAGGAGAUCCCUUAAUAAGUGAACCAAACUUCGUUUCUGCAUGUAAUCGCUCAAAUGAACAACAAGUUUCUUGAGAACUACCGAGUUCUCUACAAAGUACCUUUUGCCACUUCAUCAGGCCUCCCCUUGAAUCUGCUUUUUAUCUCUACAAACUCGAGGGAUGACAACUAACAUUGAGGCACAGACGAGAAACUUAUUGGAGCCAUACGUGGAAAAUCCUACAAAGGAGUAACACCGCUCAUCUUGGAAGAUGGUCCAUCCCCAUCACAAGACCUGCCUGAAGAAUCUUUUCCUAAAUCCCGGCAAAAUUACGGUAAUGUAUAGCAAUUUUUUGCAUGAAAAAUAGUUUGGAAUUCAACAUCAUCAUCUGACCCUGAGAGCUUUGUCCAAAGUAUAUAUAAAUACAAAGACAUGAUAACAGAAUUCAACAAAAUCAAAAUCCAAGUCCAAUCUCUAGGAGUGCUAGUCUCGGUCAUAGCACCACCUAAAAGUCUUUCUAACAGUCACUCAAAUGCACAACAAGUUUCUUGAGAA